AUGGAGGCCCCCAUCCAACCCACCCCGGCCCAUCGUCCGGCUGAAACCCAAGUUCAAGACGAGUUUAGUGGGACCGAAGGAGUCUACCUCCUACCCCAUCACCACGAGGAGAUUGAGCGCCUGCAACGCCAACACUAUUUCCUCAAGGCCGCCACGGACGACAAGCUAACCCCUAUCAACCUGCCUACAUGGGCUAGAGUGCUUGACUGUGGCUGCGCAGAUGGGACAUGGCUCGCGGACUUGGCGGGCUCGGACAGGCCCGAUCUAGCUCUUCACGGGGUGGAUCUGGGCAAGGCGCUGUUCCGGUCGGAUGCUCAUCUCACCCUGCGUGAACAUGAUGUGCGGCAGCCCUUCCCCCCGUCGUGGGGCUGGAAGGGCAGUUUCGACCUGGUGCACCAGCGGCUGCUGGUCUGGGGCAUUGGUGCGGACGAGUGGCCGCAGGUGCUGGCCAAUUUGGCUGAGGUCGUCAAGCCUGGCGGCGUCCUGCAGCUGGUCGAGGCGGAGUGGGUCCUGAGCUCGUAUUCUGACAAGCAGGUGCAGCAGAAGAAGCUGGCCAAGGUCCAGGAGUGGUCGACCGCCUCGUCCGGCAUGGACGUCCACAUCUGGAAGAAAUUUCCCGAUCUGUUGCUGCCGCUGGGAUUCGAGGAUAUGAAGGUGCAGACCUACGAUCUGGGCUAUGGCGCCACCUCCAAGAGGCCCGAGGACCGCAUCUGGACAGCUGAGCUGCUGCCACAGUCCUUCCGCCACCUGGCCCGCAAGAUCCCUGCUGAGGGCAUCCCAGGCGUGGCCCGUACACCCGACGAGUAUCUCGCGUGGUUGGACGAGCUCGUGGUGGAGAUGAAGCAGAUAGGCUAUACGCCCAAAGUAUGA